CCCUGCGGUCAGCUGGUGCGCAUCACAUGACCGUCAUAAGGUUUUUUUCUCACUGGAAUAGGCGACGUCGUGCAGCAAAGCGAAAAUUUUCACCACCAUUUUUCGUUUGUAGUUUCAGUUCACUUUUCGUAAGCGGAUCCAGCGAGAUGUUGUGGAAAUCGCUGAUUGCGUUGUGCGUCAUUGGGGCCGCCUUGGCGGAGCAAACGCCCGUCUUUCUGUGGGGAGCCAACAGUGUGGCGAAGCCCUCCCUGAAGACCGUGCCCCAGGCGGAGUUCGCCGAGCAGUUGGCAACGUUGCUGGAAGAUCACAUGGUCGUGGCCUUCGAGGAAAAUGGCCUGAGCAGCAAGGACUUCCUGUGCUCCAACUCCCAGUCGCAGUCCUGCUACGCCCAGCUGCAGGGAGUCAGCCCCAAGACCUACUACACCAGCGUGGAGAACCCCUCGGAGGCACUGCGUUCGGUGGCCGCCAAGCGAGAGCACAACACCAUCGAUGCCAGCGGAAAGCUGACCACCCCGGCCAAGUGCUCCGUGGGCACGGCCCUCUUCGUGAGCUUCGAGGACGCCGCCGAGAGCCGGGAGGCCAGCCUGGAGUCACAUGACGCCGCCAUCGCCGCUAUCAGCAAGCAGUUCGAGUGCAAGGUGGCUUAUCUCUACCUGGCCGCCCCCUCCACCGCCCCCGUGGUGCAGCGUCGCACCCGCCGUGACACGGCUGCCACCACCGGUGGAACCAUGUGGUACGUCGGCAACCAGUUUCAGAUGUUCUACACCGCCCUGCUCUACAACGGCAACCCUGUUACCGUCACCGGAAUCAAGGUCACCAACUCCUCCACCCCCUCUACCAAGUUCUCCGUUGAGCUGGCCACAAGUGAUGCCGCCAAGCCAAUCACCUUUGACAUUCUUUAUGAUGGCGGCUACUUUAGCGUGAGCAACCUGGCCUACGACGGCAGCAACUUCCGCUCCACCGGUGUGAAUGCCCCCACCACGUUCUCCUUCUCGUGCGGCAACCUCACCCUCGACUCGACGGCCGUCAACAACAUGUACAACACCCUGAGCUUCAAGUCCCUGCAGCUGCAGGCUCCCUUCGAUGCCACCUACAAGGAUAACUUUGUCUUCGGCGAUUCCUGGGACUGCGUGGGCUUCGUGACGCCCGGCAUCCUGAUGGGUCUGUUCGUGGUCGCCCUCCUGCUGGUCAUCAUGUUCGUCGGCGUCUGCUGGAUGAUGGACAUCAACACGAUGGACCGCUUCGACGAUCCGAAGGGCAAGACCAUCACCAUCAACGCCGCCGCCGAUUAAGCGGGCUGGCUUCAUUAGUUCACACCUUAUUUGAUUGUUCAAUGCGCACUCAAUAUUCAUUCCUUUAUUCCUUCAGUCUAUCCACAUGUAUUUGUAAACGAAUCAAUACUUAAUACCGUAACCACAUAACACAUAACAUAUAACCGGGAAAUUAGUCCUCACAAUUUGUAUCGUAUCUGUAAUUUUCGCCGGCAAAGACCAGUUUUCGUUCAGCAUCAGUAGCGUGGCUGGUUCUUGUCGCCGAAAAUUGUCUGAGGUUUUGCUUGCACCGACUUGGCAUCCAGUAUUUCAUUUAGCAUAGCCCCUAAAUGUCGUAAAUCGAAGGAAUUAUAAAAAGACGCACAUGUGUGUGUACGAAGUUGUGUGUGUGUGUGUAUGCCCAUGGGCAGUGAAUCCAAUUUUGAAUAUAUCUAAGUGUUUUAUAGUUUCUUGUUUGGCGCAAAUAUGCGAGACUAAUUUAUGCCUCUGUAUGAUAGUUUGUCAUUUGUGCAACCCUCCUGCUCGCAGGCCCAACGAAAAUAAAGUUUUUUUCAAUUGUG